AUGGCCAAUUCUGAAAAUAAGAGCUGGAGUUCAUUCUGCAUGCUGUGUGGUAGACCCUUGGCUGAAGAACAGCAAGUGAAAGCACUGCUUCCUGCUACUGCAUUAGUGUACACUGAAGUGGGAGAUGAAGCCACCAAAGUUCUUGGCACAGUCAAGUGGUUCAAUGUCAGAAAUGGAUAUGGCUUUAUCAACAGAAAUGACACCAAAGAAGAUGUAUUUGUUCAUCAGACGGCGAUAAAGAAAAACAACCCACGGAAAUAUCUGCGCAGUGUUGGUGAUGGAGAGACUGUAGAAUUUGAUGUGGUCGAGGGAGAGAAGGGUGCAGAAGCAGCUAAUGUCACUGGUCCAGAUGGAGUUCCUGUAGAAGGCAGCCGCUAUGCUGCAGACCGGCGCCGCUAUCGACGUGGCUAUUUUGGCCGACGCCGUGGACCUCCUCGAAGUGGUGGUGAGGGAGAAAUCAAGGAUGGGGUCACAGAAGGAGGACAACUUCAUCAACAAGUCCAUAGGAAUCCUACCUAUCGUCCCCGCUAUCGCAGAGGGCCCUCACGUCCACGCCCUGCCCCAGUGGCUGGAGAGGCUGAAAACAAAGAGAACCAUCAUGAGGCCAAUGCUAUGAGUCAGCAGCCACUUCGCCGUGGGUAUAGGCGCCCAUACAACUACCGGCGUCGACCUCGUCCACCCAAUGCUCCAGCUCAAGAUGGGAAAGAGACAAAGGUGACUGAAACACCUGCUGAAAAUCCUGCUCCAGUGACCGAGCAGAGUGGUGCUGAGUAAUGUCUGGCUCCCCAGGCACCUUUACCAUCCCUCAGGUGUCCUAAAAUACAACUCAAAAGUAACACCAAAGAAACACUCAAGCAAUAAAUUGUCAACAGUGGUGACAAAAGCAAAGAUUUGAAACAUCAGAACUUACAAGAGAAAAAAAAAAUACCAGCAGCUGAGAUCCAGGGAACGCCUGCAAGAUAGAUGCAUGAAGAGAGAAAAAGAGAGCGAGAUUCAGAAAGAGCAACCUCCCCAGUUUCAACAGCAACUGUGGGGUUUCUUGGUUUUUUUUUUUAAUUUCACUGUUUCGCUAGUAUUGAAUUUUUCAAUUUUUCUUUUGGUAUCAAACUGAAAAGGGAAAAAACCCCAACCAAAGAACUGAAAUUGAAAUCAAAUGCUUUUUUUAUUGGAUGCUGGUGCUAAACCUCCCAGGUGUGAUGAGUUUUUUUUUUUCUGUGCCAGUCCUGUUCACUGCGGGACACGGGGAGGAGAAACUUCCGCUUUCCUUGGUAAGAUCUAUUUGAAACUGUGCAGCAUGGGUGACGUUCCUCACAAAUAAAAGUGAUUUCAACUACCAAAAAAAA